GAUAGACCCAAGAGAUAUUGUUCGUCUUGUUGCAUCUCACUGCUCUAGAAAAUACAUCAUCUUUUUCAACUAGUAGAUCGAAACAACUAGAAAAGAAAAGAACUCAACAGAUUCUUCAAUCAGUAGAAUCACCACUCUCAAGCAACAAGAUGGCUCCCCGUGCAUCUUCCAAAAAAAAGAUGAACUCCAAGAUGAAAAACUACUCCAAGAAGAUGAAGAAGCAAGGGAACAACAAGAUGCUGAGCAAGAAGGCCCUCGCGUUGAUUCUGGGAGGUGCUGCUUCGGGUGUCGCUGCUGAUAUCCUUGACGAGAUCGUCAAGGAUGCCAUCCUUCCGACUCGUGCCCACGUUGAUUAUGGUUAACAAUAGCUUCCCGUAGCGAGGUUGUCUCCCGUAGUAAUGUUGCCAACAGCAUAAAAAUGCUAGGAGGUUGUCUCUCGUAGUAAUGUUAUUUAACAAUACGAUAAUAAAUGCUAGGUUGUACAUCUACGUACAGCAGUAGAACAAAAGGAUACCUGAGCAAGAAGAGCUACCUUGAGGAUUGACCAGUUCUACGUUGAAAAAUGUAUAGAAAUCGCAUCAAUUCUUGUAUAACAGCAAGAAGGACCUCUAAGUUGAAGCGCAUGCUGAGAAGCUUGAGACGAUGGGAAUGGAUGUGAACCAAUACCUGAGUGCAGCCAAGAAGGUGAUUGACACUUUUGCUAAGAAUGAAGUGGAAAAGGCCCUCUCAGAGGGACGCGUGGAUGGUGGUGAGGGAAAAGAAUUGAGAAUGCCGCCCAAGCAGAAGUACACUCAUAAGCAUCCCAAUGAGACCUUGGAUGCGGAAGAAACAGCAGCCGAAGAUUGGACUAAGAGGCUUGAUGGUCUCCUUCCGAAAGUGGAACUGCAGAAGGUGAACGUUGAAGGCAAGACACGCUUUAUGGUCUUGAACAAAUCUUCUAUAAUUCUCCUCAAUUUAUCUUCUCGCUACUGUAACCUUUUCAUGUCUCUCCUACUUAGGUCGGCUCCACCACCAGUAAUAUAAUGAUUGAAAUUGAUGUAGUAGCAAAUACAAAUAGCUUUGAUUAGUCAGCACUCCGCAUUUUCUUCUUCUAAUGCGUUCCAUCUUGCAACUUCGUGGCGUGACCCGCUUUUGUACAAGGAUGUUCCGGAAAGCGAGACUUUCAAAGGUUGGAGUUUCAGUGAAAAGGAUGCCAAGUUCCGUUUCGCGGCCUUUGAAAACGAGGAGACUGCUGUCCGAGUGGAUGAAGCUGCGAAGAACCCAGAGCUUCGACCACAGCUGGACAGUGCGUACUGGUAUCCUUCGGUACCGGCUGGUCCUCCACUAAGCGGGCCACACAACGAGGAGAUCUAUAUUCCCUCGGCACAACUUGAACAAGAGAGCGCGCCGGUGACCCCGUGUCUCUUGGUCGAGUACGAGAUGCGUUCCGUUGAAGAAUAUAACGAGGACUUGGCGAAGGACGAGAUGCAGUUAAGGCUACCAAGCGAGCAUCCUCAACAUCAUCCCUGCCCCAUUUUCAAGAGGGAAAUGGAUCCAGGGAUGGCCUCAGGGAUGCACGUUGGUAGCUCUAAUGCAGGUCGACGACGGCGCAGAGGCUCAAGUGGUUCAAGAUUUAUUCUCUCCGACAGAAGCAACAGCAAAAUUUCGCCUGGGAAAGUCUUUGACUUCUGAUGACUCAACUAUGGCCACUCUCAGUUAUUUACCACCAUCCUCAACGGUGGAAAUCUUUUGCAGAGUAAUUAUACUGUACACUGGACUUCUAGGUGUAAUUGAUUUUAUCUUCACAACAUUUACAUAAAAUAUCUUCUUGAUGUCUUUCUGUUUUUAUCAACUAAAGCUCCCCGUUGAGCAGAAGCAGUAAACUGAGCUGAAGCUGGUCACGGUAAAUUUCAAAGCACAUGGGAGAACAUCUUCAAGAAAAGUCAACACAAAAAUCUAGGAUCUUCUAAGAAGAAGUUAGGAUCUGAUCUUCGUCUUCUUCUUCGUCUACUACAGAGAAAGGUCUUUGCCAAUCCAACCCUGGGCUUACUCGUUGAAAGACAAUAACCCACCCAUCUCCCCCUCGGCUUUCCUUGUGCAAUAAAGUUUCACUUACCCCAAGAGUGGGUAAACCACUACUACUACUACUAGUCAUCUUCUUCCACUUCUAAUUUCGAAGAUGUUUGGAAUUUCGUGAAGCGUUUGGUGGAGGGCCGGGCGAACCCUGGAACGGCGCUAUCCAUUGCUCCCCAACCUAAAAUGCGAUCACUCAACGCAAGCUUGCCUCUCAAUGGUGCGGACCGGAAUCAGAGACAAAUGGGAGUGCUGGCGCACCCGAACCCUUUUGAGCUCGCAAAGGUGAUCCCU